AAGGUAAACUAUCCCUUUAAGGGUCUUCCUCAGGAGUCUGACUCUGGGGGUCACUUUCAGAGAAAAGGAUAAGGAUUAUUCUGACUAAAUAUCAGAUUUAUUUAAUCUGUCUUCAAUGCAUGCUCAAAUCUCAUUUACUUAUGUUCCACAUAAGAAAAAGGGGGUGUGCAGUUCAAAGUAUUUAAACGUGGCUGAAAAUGCCAGACGGACACCGUCUACCCUCUUUUUUCAGCUGAGCGCUUUGGUUGCUGUGAUAUUUCUGCUUUGUUUAACAGUUGUUGAACGAUGCACCGGUUGGUUGUUGUGAUGUUUAUCCCACCCCGACUUUGUACUACACAUUGCCAUGGUUUUGCCUGCUUUGUUUAAAACAGUUCAUGGAAAUUAUGGAUAUGUUGUAGUUCCCUAUCGUGAACUUGGCUCGCUGGAAAAUGUUGAGUUUAUUCUCUCAAUAUACUACAACAAGGCUGAACGGAUAAGAUUCAACAGCACCGAGAAUAAGGUUGUUGGUUACACUGAAUAUGCAAUGAAAUGGGCAGAUGAUUUUAAUGCAAAACCUGAGUGGCUACAUGAGGAGGGAGAAAGAAAUGUGGCAAACUGCAAGAGCUGUGGAGCACAGUUUCACCCUUUGAUAGAUAAAACAGUAAAACCAGAAGUCACUAUCCGAUCAGUAAGGCAGGCCAGUGAUAAACAUCCAGCCAUGCUGAUAUGCAGCGCUUAUGAGUUUUACCCAAAACUCAUUAAAAUGUCCUGGUUGAGGGACGGUGAGGUGAUAAAAUCAAAUGUGACCUCGACUGAAGAGCUGGCUGAUGGAGACUGGUAUUAUCAGAUCCACUCCCACCUGGAAUAUUUCCCAAAACCUGGAGAGAAGAUCAGCUGUGUAGUGGAGCACUCCAGCUCCAAUAAACCCAUCAUCUACCAAUGGGAUUCCUCUCCGUCUGAGUCUGAUAAGAUUAAGAUCAUUACUGGAGCAGCAGGUCUUGUGUUGGGAAUCAUCAUGAUUGUUGGAGGACUCAUCUACUAUUUAAGAAAACGCAAAGAUUAAUAUUCUUUUUAAUAUUUACAGUUUAUAUACAGUAGGUAAAAUAAGUAUUGAACAUGUCACCAUUUUUCUCAAAUAACACAUUUCUAAAGGUGUUCUCUCAGAUGUUGGAAACAACCCAUGCAAUCCACACAUGCAAAGCAAUUCAAGCCAUAGAUGUUUCUUAAAUUAAUUUGUGAGUAAUCAUUUAAAAUGACACAGGGAGAAAGUAUUGAACACAUUGAAAUGCAUUUAAUACUUUGUACAAAAGCCCUUGUUGGUAAUGAAAGCUUCAAGAUGCCUCCUAUAUGGAGAAAUUAGUUACAUUUAGAAAUACAGUAUGUUAACUGAGAAAAAUGGUGACGUGUUCAAUACUUAUUUUACCUGCUGUAAAUAUACAUUUAUUCAAUCUUAAUUGAUGUACUUUUCUUUAUUAGCUCAUGCUAAGGCAGCUACAGGUCAAGACAUCAAACUCGCCCAACCUUUGCAGACACUUGCUGGAGAUUGAGUGACAGACUGUCUAAUGGAUCAAACAUCAUCAAACCUUGGCAAAGGUCUUCAAAUAAAAUGAAGAAGAAACAGCAUUUUUUAUACAUAACCUACAAAAUAAUUGUUUACAACUGUGUUUUAAUGAGAUUUAGUAUCUGCUUGCAGAAAACUUUCAAACAUACAUCCUGCCCAGUCACUUUGCUGGCACAGCUUUUAUUUUGUUGUACAGUUCUUUAUAAGAUAGCUAUUUAAUAUUAUGUUUAUUUGUCAUGGUGGAAAGUAUGCAUUGAUGCUAGGCAACUAACAUUCUUCUUUCCUUAGCAGUAAUAUAUUUAUUUUGUAUGGUUUAUAUACAUAAGAAAAUGACUUUUUAGGAUGUUUUAUUUAAAACUAUAGCUUGAUCAACAAGUUGAAGGUAAAAAAAAUUUAAAAAAAAGGUGGGCUUGUUCAUAUGCAUAGACGAAGAACCACAUUACCUUGUUCUUGUCCUAUAUUUUGGUUGGUGGGAUUUGUCUGCAUUUUCCUUUUUUUUUAAAUACUCCCAGUCAUGAAUAAAGCAUUUUCUAAAGUCUAUCAAUGGCGUUUAGCAGAUCUGCACCAGUUCUACCACAGCUUACAUCUUAAUAAAGAUACUUCAAUAGAUGAUUUUGGCAUUACUUAUCUCAAAAGACUAAAAUGCAAAAACUGGUUGAGAAAGAGUCAUUACUGUAUUUAAAUAUUUUUUUUCAUUUUAUAUGCGCAAAUAACAGCCAUCAACAAAAAGACUUGAAGGCUAUACUGUAAGUUUG